AUGAGAAAGCGGAGGCGAAAGCGGUGGAAUUCCCGCCAAAGCCCGACGCCAACAAUUUCCGGAAAAGGAACGCGGCGACGAAGCGCUGGGCCACGAAUUUGCCCCGGUUGGGAUUCACUCGGCAGCGCGUCGCCCGCGCCCGCCUCGCGUCUUGGGCCCUUGCUUUGCCUUAGCUACAUGGAGGAGACGCGCGCCGUUUCCCGGUUUGUCUCCCGGGGCGCUGGUUCUGUGACACCCGGCCGCAGGCCCGCGCCCGCGCAUGUUAGCAGAUGCGCCGUGGAAGCCUGUCAGGGGGCGUUGGCCCGCCCGGUUUCGUUGGUGGGCCUGACCGCGCCCCGCUACCUAGGCUAUUCGCCGCCACCAGCCACGCCGCCCAUUCGCACGCUAGGCCUUCACUAUGCCUCUUUUUACAGGUUGUUGUCGCGCUCGCGCCAGGCGCGCCCUGCCCUUCCAUCCUGGGUGCCGCCGCUUUCGUGCGGUGUGCGUUGUUCUUGUAAGCGGGGUUGCAUUGUGGAAGGCCUGGCUCAAAUUUGUGCCACUGACUCUGCGUAGCCAGUUUCUGUUCCACCUCCACAGCCGUC